CAAGAACUAAGGAAAGAAAGAAAUGGCAAAAUCUCAUCUAAAGAUGGCUGUCCUUGUUUUCAUCAUAGCAUCUUACUAUAUGUCAAUCACAAAGGCUUCAAGAGCAGUGAAGCAACCAACUCCUAGCGCCAUUGUUGCCGAUGGGUGUGAUUCUGAUGCGGACGACAUGUAUAAUUCUUGUCCGAAAGAGAAGGCUUGUUGUAAAGGCGGAAACUGCCUGUGCGGGCCAGAAGAAGACAACUUUUCCGACCAAAAUGCCCGGCGAUGUCGUGCUGAUAAAGAUUGUAAAGCACUUUGUCCACCGAAUUGCGGAUCCACAGAUUGUAUGAAGGGCAUUUGCUUUUGUAGUUGCUAAGGCUGAUCAAAACAAUGUCUUUGCUUACAUAUUUAAUAAACAAUAAAAAUCAU